AUGGAGGCCGCCAGGAGGCUCAUCCCUUUGACCCUUUUAACUGUGUCGUGUUUGGCUGAGUUUAAUGGGACCCAGUCUGAAGGCCUAUCCAGCUGCAGGGCCAGCCUGGGAGGUGCCAGCCAGUCUGAGGCCCACAAAGCCCUCAUCCUGCAGCUCAGUCCCAACGAGAACUGCACCUGGACACUAGGAAGGCCGGAAAACAAAAGCAUCCGAGUCAUCUUUUCCCACUUCCAGCUUGAUCCAGAUGGAAGCUGUGAAAGUGAAAACAUUCAAGUUUUUGUUGGGAACUCCACCCUGGGGUCUCUGCUGGGGAAAGUCUGCAGCAAAAAUGACUACGUUCCUGUGUUUGAAUCAUCAUCCAAUACGCUGACGUUUCAAAUAGUCACCGACUCUGCAAGGAUUCAGAGAACCGUCUUCAUGUUCUACUACUUCUUCUCUCCCAGCGCCUCUAUUCCAAACUGUGGUGGGUACCUGGACAACCCCGAAGGUUCCUUUACCAGCCCCAACUACCCAAAUUCACAUCCUGAGAUGGCUUAUUGUGUGUGGCACAUACAAGUGGAGGAAGGUUACAAGAUAGAAUUAAACUUCAAGGAAAUUUUCCUAGAAGUGGACAAGAACUGCCGAUUUGACUUCGUUGCUGUCUAUGACGGCCCCUCCACCACCUCUGGCCUGAUUGGACAAGUGUGUGGCCGUGUGAAGCCCAGCUUCGAGUCCUCGUCCAACUCGUUGACCGUCGUGCUGUCUACAGAUUACGCCAACUCCUACCGGGGCUUUUCUGCUUCCUACGCUUCGAUUUAUGCAGAAAACGUCAACACAACUUCUUUAAUUUGCUCCUCUGACAAGAUGAGAGCUAUGAUAAGUAAAUUCUACCUGGAAUCUUUCAAAUACAAUGAGAAUAACUUACGGCUCAAUGACCCAACUUGCAGACCCAAAGUAUCAAAUGUGGUGGAAUUUUCUAUCCCUCUUGAUGGAUGUGGUACAGUUAAAAAGGUGGAAGAUCGUUCGAUUACUUACACCAACACAAUCACCCUCUCUGCACCUCCAGCUUCUGAAGUGAUCACCCGUCAGAAGCGCCUGCAGAUCAUUGUGAAGUGUGAGAUGGAGCACACCUCCACCGUGGAGACGGUGUAUAUAACAGAAGAUGACAUCAUACAAAAUCAGAGCGCACUGGGUACAUAUAACACAAGCAUGGCUCUCUUUGAGUCCAAUUCAUUUGAAAAGCCGAUACUGGAGUCACCAUAUUACGUGGAUCUGAACCAAAAUCUUUUCGUUCAAGUCAGUCUACACACCUCAGACCCAAGCUUGGUGGUGUUUCUGGACACCUGCAGGGCCUCGCCCACGCCCGACUUCACGUCCACAACCUACGACCUGAUCAAGAGCGGAUGUAAUCGAGAUGAAACGUGCGAGAUAUAUCCCUUAUCUGCGCACCAUGGAAGAUUCCAGUUCAACGUGUUUAAAUUCUUGAGAAGCCUGGGCUCCGUCUAUCUACAGUGUAGGGUGUUCAUAUGCGACAGUGGUGACCACCAGUCUCGCUGCAGCCAAGGCUGCGUCUCCAGAAGGAAACGAGACAUUUCUUCGUACAAAUGGAAGGCAGAUGCCGUCAUCGGGCCCAUUCGUCUGAGAAGGGACCAACGUGCAGGUGGGAAUUCGGGAUUUCAGAACCCAAUGCCCGGAGAAGUCACUCCGAACCAGCCUUUCAGCAGUUUGCAUCUGUUUUCAUUCCUGGUCCUUUCCCUGAAUGUUGUGCUCGUGGCCGUACUUGUCCUGAGGCACUUUGUGAACCGGAGAACAGACUUCAAAUACCAGCAGCUGCCGAACUAUUAA